GCACUUGGCUGAGCGAUACUCCUGUUUUAUUCUCUCUCUGUUUUCUUUCUCCCCGCCCCCACUGUGUGUGUGUGUGUGUGUGUGUGUGUGUGCGUGUGUGUGUGUGUGUGUGUGUGCGUCACUGUGCGGUCGGUUGGAGGACGAAUGUUUUUCUGCCGCUCAGAGAGAGAGAGAGAGAGAGAGAGAGAGAGAGAGAGAGAGAGAGAGAGAUCCUCGGUGUGUGUGUUGCUGGUCUGCACCGCCGGUCGGACGUCAUGCCAUGAGACAGACGAGACGUGUGAGAUCCACUGAAAAUGGUUGAAGAUGGUUCUUCGUGGAUUCUGAGGUUCUGCUCCAGAUCGUAGCCCCGCUGACGGUGGAACCCCGGGACCCGGCAGCUGUGUGUGUGUGUUCGAUGCUGUGUCCGGCCUCCUGCCUGCCGCUCCUCAGGGAGUUGGCUCAGUGGCGCUGCCUGCUGGGCUGGCAUCGCCACCACGGAGUCGGUUCCGCCGCCGCCGCAGGGCUCACGGCUAACACCGGACAACAACAACAACAACAACAACAACAACAACAACAACAACAGCAGCAGAAAGCGCAGCAGGGGUCAGAGGUCAAGGACGGGACCCUCCGACCCGUGGGCUGCACCAGACCGCUGCCGAGCAGACAGGGUUCGUCGGCCGGCCGCCAGCCGUCGCUGCACCGCGGCGAGGAUCCCGAGCUGGAGGAGGCGUGCGUCGAGCUCAGGCCGUGCACGUGUCCGUGUCCCGGGGCCACGUGCGAGUGGCGCGGCUCGCUGGAGGCGGUCGUGCCGCACCUGAUGCACGCGCACAAGUCCAUCGCCACGCUGCAGGGCGAGGACGUCGUCCUCCUGGCGACGGACAUCAACCUCCCGGGCGCCGUGGACUGGGUGAUGCUGCAGUCGUGUUUCAGCCACCACUUCCUGCUGGUGCUGGAGAAGCGGGAGAAGUUCGGGGGCCACCAGCGGUUCUUCGCCGUCGUGCUGCUCGUCGGCGGCCGCGAGCGGGCCGAGCACUUUGCCUACCGCCUGGAGCUCAACGGCCGCAGGCGCCGGCUCACCUGGGAGGCCACGCCGCGCUCCGUCCACGACGGGGUGGCGGCUGCUAUCCUGAACGACGACUGCCUGGCGUUCGACGACUCCAUCGCCCAACUGUUUGCCGACAACGGCAACCUGGGGAUCAACGUCACCAUCUCCAUGUGCUGAUGGAGCGGAGCGGCGCUAUUGACGGUUAGACCGGGCUGGACUGGAAACGUCCUGCGCUGCUGGUGGUUCGGUCCACUGAGCAGCUGGAAGAAAGACUCAACUCCACUGCAGGGUCUGAACGCCGGCUUCGCACGGGUUAGUGCCUUUGUGAAGAGUUCAGAGCCGUACUUCGACCGGCGCCCGCCCCCAUCGUGGACGUCGGAGCUGGACCGCGGCCGAGCUGUCCUGAGUCUCGUCUCACUGGAGGACUCGAGUUCUUCCGAGAAGCAGCUGGAGUUUCCUGGCAGACUCGUCGGUCGAGUCGCCGUUCACCUCGUACACGUCGACCGCUCUCUUCAGACGAGAAGGGCUUUGAAGACACGUUUGGUUGAUUGACAGGCGCCUCAGCCAAUAGCAGCGCUCACCCUCAGUCAUUCCUGAGGAAGACGAUGAGCACGAAACCUCAGUGGGAUUUAUGGAAAAUAAACUUGUUCAUACUGUAACUCUGUUUCUAAAUAUUGAUAAAUCAUGUGAUACGUUUCCUAAAGAAAAAAGAAAAACGUCUUUUUAUUGGUAAAUCCAGAAAAUUAAAAAGCUUUUUUGAAAAUCGGUCUAGUUUCAAGUCUAAGUGGCGAACACAAUAACAUAAUUAAAAAUGCAGCACAUUAAUCUGAUCCUCCUGAAAAUCAUCAUCAUUUAAAAAUGUACAUUUUAUAUUUAAAUAAAAAUAGUUCAACAUCA